CAGUCUUACUACUGCUGCCAAGCCCAGCAACCAAGCGGACCAGGACCAUGGCUGUACCCCGUGCCUUUUUCCUGUGCUUGGCUCUGUGCUUUUCUCCCGCCUUUUCUGCAAGUUAUAAUGACCCCUGCAUGGCCUUGGAUACAGUCCUCACCUCUGACAACCCGGGAAUCAGCACUAAGGCUGGGGUCUCCGGCGGGAACAGAACUUACACAGUGUCCGUUCCUGUGAACAGUUCCGUCAGUGCCGUGAUUCUGAGAGCAGUGAACCAGAACAACCACACGGUGGGCUCCUGGGCUGGACCAGAUCAGCAGUGCAACACCAGUGUCCUCUAUCGAGUGACAUCCUCAGACAACUCCAACUUCCAGGCAACCUGGAUAGCUCCUGAUUCUGAGGAUGUGACCAAAAUCAACCUGCAAGUCUUCAUCGUCACUGCCAAUCGCACAGCUACGAUGUCAUCUGUGAGACUGGAACAGAUAACAACACCUGCACCCUUGACCCCCACCCCUGAGACUUCUGGGACCAACCAGACCACAACCAUGACUACAGCCAAGAGCCAGACCACAGCCAAGACCACAGCCAAGAGCCAGACCACAGCCAAGACCACAGCCAAGAGCCAGACCACAACCAUGACCACAGCCAAGACCACAGCCAGAAGCCUGGCCGUCAACGCCCUCGGCAGCCCCCUCGCAGGCGCCCUCCAUAUCCUGCUUGUUUUUCUCAUCAGCAAACUCCUCUUCUAGAGGAGACGGAGGAAGCCGAUCUUUGACCUACAGAACAUCCUCCCAAAGCUAACUCCAGGCCAGUGCUUAGCCGUGUGAAUGAAGAUUUUUUUUAUGUCCUCAGUGUGCAGCUCCACCACCUCGGACCACAGACAUGUGAACGAAUUAGUGCAUUUGAGCAACACAGACGUUUGCCAGGAUCUUUCAGGGCACACAUUCUGCUUUUUGUAAAUACUUAGGCCAGUCUAGUUGUAACCUGGAGUUCUGACUCUCAGUUUUACAUGCUGACAGCCAAUCUGAACUUCCGUUUAUUGCCAAAGGAUUCCCAUGAGCCUCCUGGGUUGGGGGGUGGGAGGGGGAUCCUUCUUUACUUUCAAGAUGAUUUCAGAUUUCUGGCCAAAUCUACUCAGGUUACAAAGAACUUCUGUGACUUGCAUGACUAAAGGGAAAAAGGAGAAAUGAGUGACAGUCUCGUGGCUCUUAGCAGAUCCCCUUUGUGCCCAGACCAGCAGGUUUUGAGGAGCAGAAGUAUAUGAAAACUAUGUCUGAGGAGCCAAUGACGGGACACAUGAUUUUUUUUUCCCCUAAGUCAAAUAAACAAUAUGUUGAACAAGAAUAAUAAAUGUGUUAAAUCGAAAGAUAAGCUUUAAAUGAGUGAUAAAAAUACAAAGUGUUACCCAAAUUUGUUUCUAAAACUACCAAUGAAAUUUUGUGUGUGUGUGUGUGUGUGUGUGUGUGUGUGUGUGUGUGUGUGUGUGUGUGUGCGUGCUCAAGGACAGAUACAAGGUUAAUUUAAUCUCAAUUUGGUCAAGUAGUCAAAACUGGUUACUUCUUCCUUGAUGGUAAUAUCAACCAAGAAAUGAACAAAAAAAAAAAAACCCUUGUAAUAUUUA